AUUCAAACGGCCGGAGAGACGGUGGACUUAGCGGCGGAGAGAUCGUUUCUGUCGACGGAAUCAAAGUUAAGAAAAUGUCUCGCUUGCCAAUCAGCAAGAGGGCCUUACCAAGCAGCAGCAGCGGCAGCAGCAGCUCAGAGAAUGGCCAAGAUCAGGGGCCUGCUCAGAAACGGGUCCGUAAGGAUCCAGAAACGGUCAGACCGCAGGCAGCAGCUACGGUCAUCGGCGGACGACGGGCUCCUGUUGCAGCAACCAGGGCCCCCAUUUCUAAGCCAGUCAGAAGUGCGGGAGCUGCCACUGUGGCCGUUGCUCCUUCCAGAGGUGUCCUGAAACAAUCCAUCGCUUCAACAGCAAGGGGAGUCAACGUGAGACAAACUGCCGCACCACCAGCCACAAAAGCAGGUGGCGGCGUAGUCGUCAAGCGGAAUAAAUGGGACCUGAAGGCCAAGGUCAGCGACAUGGAGGACAAGCUCCGAAACUACCAGACCAAGGUUAAAUCUGCCAACCAGGAGAACGAGGUUCUAAAAGGCACCAUGGUCCAGAGCCAAUCCAAAGUGACGGAAAUGCAGAGAGAGCUUCUGGCGCAGAGGAAACAGAUCAGCGAGUACGAGGAGAAGCUGCAGGCUAUGUCAGGAGUCCAGGCUGAGCUGGAGCAAGUCUGUAGUGAGAAGAGCACGCUUGAAAAGGAGCUCUCCAACCUAGAGGUGAAAUAUAAAGUCAUGGAGACUCUCCAAAACAGCCAAGAGACCGAGCUGCAAACUCUGAAGAUGAAGCUCUCAGUGCAGGAGUCGACUCUGGCCCGCGUGCAGACAACCCUCAGAGACACAGAGGAAGAGGUCCGCACCCUCAAAGAGACUGUGGCCGAACAGAAGGAUGAGCUCCACGCCGGGGAGAUGGAGCGCAGACGGCUCCACAACUCCAUCCAGGAGCUCAAGGGUAACAUCAGGGUGUUUUGCAGAGUGCGCCCUACGGUGGACGGAGGAAUCAGCAAACACAUCCAGCUCCCGUCCAGUGACGACAAGACGAUAACUCUGGCCAAAACUGAGGAGUCUCACACGGGCAAAACUGCAGACACUCAGAAAAACUACAACUUCAGUUUUGACCGCGUGUUUGGCCCCCAGGCUUCACAGCAGGAGGUCUUUGAAGAGAUCUCGCUGUUGGUGCAGUCUGCUUUGGACGGCUACAACGUCUGCUGCUUUGCCUACGGCCAGACAGGGAGCGGAAAGACGUACACCAUGGAGGGAGACGAGGUUGAUGUGACCAGAGGAGUCAUUCCCAGAGCCGUGCAGCAAAUCUUCAAAGCCGCAGAGAAACUGGGAUCUCAAGGCUGGGAGUUCAACUUCACAGCAAGCUUUGUUGAGAUUUACAACGAGACCCUGCGGGACCUCCUGUACACCGGGAAGGCCAGCAAGAGGCCCGAGCAUGAGGUCAGAAAGUUGACCAACAACGACGUGACCAUCACCAACCUCACCUACGAAAAAGUCUCCAACGAGGAUCACGUUCUUGGCCUGAUUGCAUUGGCCAAUCAGAAUCGCUCCACAGCUCAGACAGCCCAGAACGACCGCUCCUCACGCUCGCAUUCAGUCUUUCAGCUGGACAUCGAGGGAGUGAAUGCUGGCAGAGACAUCAAGUGCAAGUCCACUCUGUGCCUGGUGGACCUGGCAGGCAGUGAGCGGAUGUUGAAGAGUCAGUCUCAGGGUGAGCGCUUCAAAGAGAUGACGGCCAUCAACGGCUCCCUGUCCAACCUGGGCAUCGUCAUCACAGCGCUGGCCAACAAGGAAAGCUACGUUCCAUACAGGAACUCCAAGCUGACCUACCUCCUGCAGGGCUGCUUGGGAGGAAACAGCAAAACUCUGAUGUUUGUGAACAUCGCCCCGGAGCAAGACAGCUUUGGAGAAACCCUCAACUCUUUGAGGUUUGCCAGCAAGGUGAACGACUGUGUCAUUGGGACCGCCAGUGCCAACAGAAAAUAGAGACAUCCUGUAAACAAACUGUUCUUACUCUUUUUGAACAUCAUCCUCGCCACCUUUCUUUAUGUCUUUAACUUGUAUUGUUUGGUACGCUGAAUAGUACUGCCAACCUGUACCAAAAAUCUAAAAUACUUUUCUAUAUUUUCAGGGCCUUGAUUGGUGGCCACUGAUACCGGCUUUUAAACAUUUUUAUGCUUCUAUGUAAAUCGUGUUUUGUACAUACAGAUAUUGCUGGUCAGUUUUUUUUUUUUUUUUUUUAAAUGUCUGCAUAGUUACUCUAAAGGUGAAACAUAUAAGCUCCAUUGACCCUUUAUAUCUUCAAGAAAAUACAUUAAUUUACCUUAUUUUUUUCAAAUUUAAAAAUGUCUUAUAACUUGCACAACAAAAGCAAAUAAAUGUAGUGAGAUUACA